AUGUAUCCCAUCAAGUAUGAGGCCGUUGAUUCGAGCGAUGCGGAGGUAUCUGAACAUGAUGCCACAGACUCUUCUAACCUGAAUUAUGAAAUUGAGGAAUCACCGGGGAACAAGGGACUUCCUAUGAAACGCGAGAAACUGUUGCUAUGGCUCAAUGGACUCAUCUUUUGUAUUUCACUAUAUUUGCUUUUCGUCACCGUGAUUCUGACACGACGCAAUAAUGAUGACCUCAAUGACUUGUUAAGGAUGACCUCUGAGUACUCUCCAAUAUUCGAUCGGAUUGACAUUCCGUUGGUAACAAAGAAAAUGAAUGCAACACUACUCGAGCCAGAUCCAUCGCCAAUCUAUCGUCGACCUCCCAGCCCGGAAGUUGACGAAGCCUGGAACCGCCUAGCCAAUAUCAAACCGAUUGUAAUCAGCCGCUCGGACGUGAUCCAGCUUGGCCGCGACCCAUCGGUAGCAGCCAAGUGGCCAGAGAGCUUUGGAUUCGGCUCUGAUGCGUAUAUUGGCCGUAUUGACAUGUUCCACCAGAUUCACUGUCUAGACUGGCUGCGACGAGAAGCCAACUUUGAUCAUUAUUAUGGGAAAAAGUGGCCCCCCGGCACCCCCCCCUCCGAUAUGCAUCGAACUCAUGUGUCCCACUGCAUCUAUCUGCUUCUCCAGAAUCUGAUGUGCAAUGCGAAUGUUGACAUCUAUACGCACUACUGGGCUGACGCGCAGCUCAAUGCCUUUCCGGACUUUAGUGUCAACCACAAAUGUCGCGAUUUCGACGCUAUACUGAAGUGGCAGGAGGACAACUCCGUCGACGUGGAUCUAUUCGCCGCAAUCCGCAAGCCACCACAGUACGAGGCGAAGAUCAUGUCGCACCGUUUCAAAGAACUCUUUGGUUGGUUCGAUUCACACCCGGACAACGGCUCCGACAGUGGAGAGAUUGGUUAA